AUAAAAUAAUAAGAAGUUAGAAAUAUUUGCACACAACAAUCAAUAAACUAAAUUAUAGUUAUUGAUUAAACGAAAAUUAAUUUCGUUUAAACAUAGUGACCUUGAAAAAUUGCAGGAAGACAAACAUUCGGGUGUUCACUGUCAAGUUGACGUUUAAACACUAAUUACUUCAGUAAACUCAGAAGUUUACAACCAAAAUCUAACCCUCGUUGCUGUAAACAAUAAAAACAUACACGGCUAGUUAGGGAAAUGGAAAAGACCGCACAAGAGGUUGUGGACCAGGACCUCGUUGAGGAGGGUGCGUUCGUUGUGGACGAUGUUAGCAAAAUCAUUAAGGACGCCAUAGAGACAAUUAUAGGUGGAAACGGUUAUCAACAAAGCAAGGUGAACAAUUGGACGACUGCGGUUGUGGAGGCCUGCACAUCGGAGCUUACCAAAUUAAUGAAACCUUAUAAAUAUAUAGUAACGUGCACGAUUAUGCAGAAAAAUGGGGCUGGUUUGCACACGGCCAGUUCAUGUUACUGGGACAAUUCGACCGAUGGAAGCUGCACAGUUCGUUGGGAGAACAAACAGAUGUUUUGCAUUGUGUCUGUUUACGGCUUGUCUGUCUAGAGGAAUAUUAAUUGUAUAGAGUCAUUGCCUUAUAACAUAGUAUUAAUUUAUAUUAUUUAAUAAUAGGGAGUCAUAGCUGUAAUUAUUUUUAUUAAUUUCUGUUUACAAAUAAAUUUUAAAGAUUCA